UACGUCGCCCGAUGCCCAGCCUCGUCGCUCAUCGUCGGAUCCAAGCAACAGCCCAGUGUCUCUCCCCCAAACGUACAAAAAGAGGACAGCACUCAACUCUACCUUUUUCGACAUCCUCUACACUCGUUCACCUUCACAAAACAAAAAACCAAAACUCUCACGAACACCCUUCCCGUAUAACCAACCAAAACACCCCCACAACACCUUUUCAUAAUGUCUGACUACCCUACCGAGAUGAACUCUGUCUUCUACACCGGACCCGAGAAGUUCGAGAUCCGACGUGUCCCGGUCCCCAAGAUCACUGACGAUGAGAUCCUCUUGAAGGUCACCCUCUGUGGUGUCUGCGGAACCGACCAGCACAUCCACGAGGGAGAGUUCAUGUCCAAGUUCCCCCUCAUCCCCGGUCACGAGGCCGUCGGUGUCAUCCACGCCGUCGGAAAGAACGUCAAGGGUCUCAACGUCGGUGACCACGCCGCUGCCGACGUCUGCAACUCUUGUCAGGACUUGGGUUUGACCAUGUGUCACUACUGCAAGCGAGGAGAGCCUUUGUUCUGUGAGAACUUCUCUGCCAAGGGUGUCGCCAUGGACGGUGGAUUCGCCGAGUUCGUUACCUACAACCAGUCCAAGGUCUUCAAGUACUCCAACAUCUCUGACGAGGAGGCCACCCUCCUUGAGCCCGCCUCGUGUGCCAUCCACGGUCUCGACAAGCUCAAGCCCAAGGUCGGAGCCGAGGUCCUCUUGCUCGGUGCCGGUCCUACCGGUCUGUGCAUGGCCCAGCUCUUGAAGCUCAACGGUGCCGCCAAGGUCGUCAUCGCCGCCAACGACGGGAUGAAGAUGGACAUUGCUGAAAAGUUGAACUGUGGUGACGAGUACGUCAGGCUCAAGAGGGGAGGUGGAGAGGACACCGAGGCCCAGUGGAAGAAGAUCAAGGAGGACUACCCUCACGGAUUCGACUGCGUCAUCGAGUGCACCGGUGUCGAGUCGCUCGUCGACCGAUCCAUCGACUUUGUCCGACGAGGAGGUUCUCUCAUGGUCUACGGAGUCUACGCCAACAAGGCCCGUGUCCACUGGUCCCCCACCAAGAUCUUCAGCGACGAGAUCAACAUCAUCGGAUCGUUCUCCCAGUUCUACUGUUUCGGCCGAGCCAUCCAGUACUUGGACAGCGGCAAGUUGAACGUCAAGGGCAUGGUCACCAACGUUUUCGACUUGAAGGACUUCCAGAAGGCUCUGGACUGCAUGAGCUCGAGGCAGGCUUUGAAGAUCGCCAUCCGACCCCACGCUUAAGAGCGUCGCGGGCUCCAAGAACGGCGUUCUUUGCUGGGGAUUGACGAAUGAGAGAUAACAAACAACAUGAUGUAUCCUUUUACGAACGAGCUCUUUAUCAAUAUCAAUCCGGGUCAAGCGACUGAACAUAUUUAUAUCCCGAC